GUAAACCGUGUGUCGACUUUGGAGAUAACCAACACCCCUAAGCAAACCCCCAUCAAUACCAAGUCCACCCCAAUUAAAUUCCUCACUUUCACAACCCAUCCACUACAAAUUUCUUCAAUCUUCAUCCUCGAUCAAAACCUCUUUUCGGGUUUACGUCAAUCUCUCAAUACAAUUUCAACUUAUUUUUAAUAAUCUGUCUCACAAACCAGAUCGCAGGGUUUUUAGGAAAAACAGGGUAACGAUGUUUGCGCGGAUGUUUGGCAAACCUAAGCAAGAGGCUAAUGCUGUAACAACGUUAGAUAAGUUAAAUGAGACGCUUGAAAUGCUCGAGAAGAAAGAAAAGGUACUUAAUAAGAAAGCUUCUGCGGAGGUUGAAAAGGCGAAGGAAUUCACUAGAGCAAAAAAUAAACGAGCGGCAAUACAAUGUUUAAAGAGAAAAAGACUUUAUGAACAGCAAAUUGAACAGCUUGGGAAUUUUCAAUUGCGUAUUCAUGAUCAGAUGAUAAUGCUUGAAGGUGCAAAAGCUACUACAGAGACAGUGGAUGCCUUGAGAACCGGAGCUAAAGCAAUGAAGGACAUGCAAAAGGCAGUGAAUAUUGAUGAUGUCGACAAAACAAUGGAUGAGAUUAAUGAGCAAACGGAGAACAUGAAACAAAUUCAGGAAGCAUUGGCAACACCUAUUGGUGCAGCAGCUGAUUUUGAUGAGGAUGAGUUGGAGGCUGAACUUGAAGAGUUAGAAGGAGCAGAGUUGGAGGAGCAGCUCUUACAGCCGGCCACCACUGCACCUGCGGCACCGGUUUAUGUGCCAGCUGGAAAACAACCAACACGUCCAGCUCAGCGCCAGAACACCGCUGAGGAAGAUGAACUUGCUGCAUUGCAAGCAGAAAUGGCGCUUUAAAGUGCAGGUGCGAAUGCGGGUUGGACGAAAUUGUAAAGAUUGGAUUUUCAAACAAUGAAGAUAUGCGUAUUGUUUGUGUUAUAACAUGAUCAAUGACUUCUGUUGUAUUAGGAACUGGAAAGGGACCUUUUUUUCUAGUUUUCACGUGUCGGUGUCAUGUGGAAAAUCAUGGGUACAUGUUUGAUGUUGGUUAUCUAAGAAUUUUUUUCACA